AUGUCCAGUCCUCUGCUGUCCUACCCUGUGCCCAGCUCCACGUGUGGCUUUGUGAGAGCCAGGGCUGGGGAUUCCUGUGCUAAGAAAGAUGCUUACCCGUGUACAGAAGGAACGGGGGCCAAGCCCAACUGGGGAGACAGGCAGGCUCCCGGAACCCAGAUUCCAGCUCUCAGGUGCAUAGAGGGACGCACAGAAGGGCCUGGGGUUCCUGUGAAGGAGUCUAACAUGACAGGGAUGCUGGAGGAAUCCAGGAGGAUCGUGAAGGAAGCCAUCCAUGACUCAGUGGCUCAACUUGUACCCUUAAGGACAGUGAGGAGCCUAGGUGGGGCUCCCCAGAGCCGGGUACAUCUCCUGGGUGAACAAGCACUCAAGGUGCCCUGGUUGGUUGUGGGUGCCCCACUGGAAACCAAUGGCCAUCAGAAGACAGGAGAUGUCUACAAGUGUCCAGUAACCCAGGGCAACUGCACCAAGCUCAACCUGGGCAGGGUCACUUUGUCCAAUGUGUCUGAGCGGAAGGACAACAUGCGCCUCGGCCUGAGCCUUGCCACCAACCCCAAGGACAACAGCUUCCUGGCCUGCAGCCCUCUCUGGUCUCAUGAGUGUGGAAGCUCCUACUACACCACCGGCAUGUGCUCCCGAGUCAACUCCAACUUCCGGUUCUCCAAGACAGUGGCUCCAGCACUACAGAGUGAGUACCUUCAAACCGGAAGGCUCCCGAUGCACCGGGGCAGUCCAGGGAGGAGGCAUGGGCUCUGCUACGGCUACCUUGUACCUACAGAGCAGCAGCGGAAAGCCAAGGAGAACAGAAAUAACCUGGGUGAUGGUUACACCAAGUCAGUGCUCCUGGGCAGCUUGCCCAGAGCCUCAUGGACACGAAAUCUCCCCCUCCCUCCCAAGAAAACUUGGGGAGCUAGAAGCCUAGACUUCUUGGCUCUGAGCCUCACCAUUUCCUCUGGGCUAUACACCCUCAACAAGCAGCUGUUGCCUGUUUAUGGAGGGUUGUUAGUGGAAGACACUAAGGUCCUGCUUCGGGCAGUGGACAGGGAAGCACUGAUCAGCGGACAGCCAUCAGUCUCUGAUGGGGAGCACAGGGAUCAGACCUACAUGGACAUCGUCAUUGUCCUGGAUGGCUCCAACAGCAUCUACCCCUGGGUGGAGGUCCAACACUUCCUCAUCAAUAUCCUGAAAAAGUUCUACAUUGGCCCUGGCCAGAUCCAGGUCGGAAUAGUUCAGUAUGGAGAAGAUGCAGUCCAUGAGUUCCACCUCAAUGACUACAGAUCUGUAAAAGACGUGGUGGAAGCCGCCAGCCACAUUGAGCAGAGAGGAGGGACAGAGACCCGCACCGCAUUUGGCAUUGAAUUUGCACGCUCAGAGGCUUUCCAGAAGGGUGGAAGGAAAGGGGCCAAGAAAGUGAUGAUUGUCAUCACGGAUGGGGAAUCCCAUGACAGCCCAGACCUCGAGAAAGUGAUUCGGCAAAGCGAGAAGGACAAUGUGACCAGAUAUGCUGUGGCCGUCUUGGGUUACUACAACCGCAGGGGGAUCAACCCGGAAACUUUUCUAAAUGAAAUCAAAUACAUCGCCAGUGACCCAGAUGACAAGCACUUCUUCAACGUCACCGAUGAGGCGGCCCUGAAGGACAUUGUCGAUGCCCUCGGGGACAGGAUCUUCAGCUUGGAAGGCACCAACAAGAACGAAACCUCUUUUGGGCUGGAGAUGUCACAGACGGGCUUUUCCUCACAUGUGGUAGAGGAUGGGAUCCUCCUGGGAGCCGUGGGAGCCUACGACUGGAACGGGGCGGUACUGAAGGAGACGAGUUCAGGCAAGGUGAUUCCUCACCGAGAGUCCUACCUUAAGGAGUUCCCGGAGGAGCUGAAGAACCAUGGCGCAUACCUGGGGUACACAGUGACAUCGGUCGUGUCCUCCAAGCAGGGGCGGGUGUAUGUGGCUGGAGCCCCCAGGUUCAACCAUACGGGCAAAGUCAUUCUAUUCACCAUGCACAAUAACCGCAGCCUCACCAUCCACCAGGCUCUUCGGGGCGAGCAGAUAGGCUCCUACUUUGGGAGUGAGAUCACCUCAGUGGACAUCGAUGACGACAGAGUGACCGAUGUUCUACUGGUAGGCGCCCCCAUGUACUUCAGCGAGAGCCGAGAACGAGGCAAGGUGUAUGUCUACAACCUAAGACAGAACCGGUUUGUUUAUAAUGGCACUCUGAAGGAUUCCCACAGCUACCAGAACGCCCGGUUUGGAUCAUGCAUCGCCUCUGUUCAAGACCUCAACCAAGAUUCCUACAAUGAUGUGGUGGUGGGUGCCCCUCUAGAGGACAGCCACAGAGGGGCCAUCUACAUCUACCAUGGCUUCCAAAGCAGCAUCCUGAAGAAGCCCAUACAGAGAAUCGCAGCCUCAGAGCUGGCUCCCGGGCUGCAGCAUUUUGGCUGCAGCAUCCACGGACAACUGGACCUCAACGAGGAUGGGCUUGUGGACCUAGCAGUGGGCGCCCUGGGCAAUGCUGUGGUUUUGUGGGCCCGCCCGGUGGUUCAGAUCAAUGCCAGCCUCCACUUCGAGCCGUCCAAGAUCAAUAUCUUCCACAAGGACUGCAAACGCAAUGGCAGGGAUGCCACCUGUCUGGCUGCUCUCCUCUGCUUCGUGCCCAUCUUCCUGGCACCCCACUUCCAAACAGCAACCGUCGGCAUCAGGUACAACGCCACCAUGGACGAGAGGCGCUACAUGCCACGGGCACAUCUGGACGAGGGUGGAGACCAGUUCACCAACAGGGCUGUCUUGCUUUCCUCUGGCCAGGAACACUGCCAAAGGAUCAACUUCCACGUCCUGGACACUGCCGACUACGUGAAGCCAGUGACCUUCUCCGUGGAGUACAUCCUAGAGGACCCUGACCACGGCCCCAUGCUAGACAAUGGCUGGCCCACUACACUCAGAGUGUCGGUGCCCUUCUGGAACGGCUGUAAUGAGGAUGAGCACUGUGUCCCUGACCUUGUACUGGAUGCUCGGAGUGACCUGCCCACCGCCAUGUGA